CCAACAAUCUUUGAUAAAACGUUGUCGUCGAUUUUUCUACGUGUUAUGUUUACAUGCAGAAAACCAACAUUCGGCCAAAUACAUUUUGAAAAGGAGUUGGUACCUUCAUCGAAGAGAAGGCGGCAGUAACAACAUCAGCGAUAGCAAAAAAAACAAUCCAAGUUCAAGAAGAAAAAAAAGAAGAAAAAUAAGUGCAGAGAUAUAUAUAAAGAUCGUUUAAAAUCAUCGAAAAUGAAAGCAUUCAUUUAUAUGAUAAUUUGUCUGUCGUUCUGCUCUGAAUUGAUUCAGUGUUCGUGCUUGAGCUAUGGACACAGUUGUUGGGGUGCUCAUGGAAAAAAGCGUUCCGGCCGCAUUGAAUCUGAUGAUCCACAACAGAAUGAUCGUUGGGCCCUAUUCAAACUAAUUCAAGAUGAGAAUGACAAGGUUUAUGGUAAAGAUAAUAUUGCAAAAGUACAAGUUGAUGAUUCGUUGGAAUAUAAUGACAAAAGAGAUCCAAGUAAUUUUUUGAACGCAUUGAGAAAACGGAACAUUCCUUUAAUUAUAUUGAAUACAGUUGAUGAUGUCGGUUUGCCGCAAAAAAUUCAAAAAUUUGAAACAUCCACCGUUGCACGGAAACGUAGGUCUUAUACAGGGCAAACUGAUGCAGCUCCCAUACAAACAUCCGGUGGAAUCAACAUCACAACAAACAAACCAAGCGAUUCAGCGUCAUUUGAACACAAACAUUUUUCCUCUUAA